UUAUUUUUUUUUUGAGCGUAGGAAUGAGUUGGUGUAUAGGUUGGUAGGACAAUGCUUCCUCGAGAGACUCAAGUGAACUUGAUUACGUUUUAGCGACGAACGGUGCAACUCAAAGCCAUAAAAAGACCCCGGUUCAGGUGAAGAGCAGGCAAAGCUUGCUUCACCUCCAGUAGACAAGACCAAGACGCUUAUCAGUGCUUUUUUUCAGUGCUCUGAAGAAAAUGAUUUGAUAAUAACUUGAUAAUGGACCUUUUUAACUCUGCUUUAGGAAAAAACAUCACCUUUGUGCGGCCUGGAUAUUUCAUUGUCAGAGGAUUCAUUGGUAUCCCCAAUGCUGAAUAUUACUAUAUCUUUCUACUGUUUGUCUACAUUGUUUCUGUGCUGGGAAACACAUCCGUGAUGGCUCUGAUUUAUCUGGAUCAUAAUCUGAGGACUGCAAAGUAUGUGGCAGUUUUUAACCUCGCCUUUGUGGAUUUGUUGGGUAGUACGGUUCUGGUUCCAAAAGUCAUUGACAUCUUUUUGUUUAACCACUACAAUGUUCCGUAUAAUGAGUGUUUGACGUUUCUGUUCUUCUGCUUUACAUGUCUUUCAAUGCAGGCUCUUAACCUGGUUGUUCUUUGUUAUGAUCGCCUGGUUGCUAUCAUGUUUCCACUGCAUUAUCAAGUCAGAGUGACUUCAAAGAUCAUGCUGUCUAUAAUCCUUUUUUCGUGGCUCUUUGUCAUAGCUGCUGUUUUAAUAGCAGUUGGUCUUUUAACAAGACUUUCCUUCUGUAAAUCAGUGGUUAUUGAUAGUUAUUUCUGUGACCACGGCCCGAUCUACAAGCUAGCGUGCAACGACAACUCUCCCAGUUUAAUAAUUGGAAAUUUGCUGAUUGUUAUUAUUCUCUGGAUUCCUCUUGUGAUAAUCAUGUCUAGUUAUGUUUGUAUCGGUCAUGCACUGGUCAAGAUUUCUACACCUCAAGAAAGAGUCAAAGCCUUUAAAACAUGUACAGCUCAUCUUUCAUUGGUUGGAAUCUAUUUCAUACCAAUAUUUAUCACCUUUAUUAAGGUAAUAAAUGUUCAUCCAAAUGUUAGGAUUAUUAAUCUGUCUCUGACCUCUGUCAUCCCUCCUGUUUUAAACCCAAUAGUUUAUGUCCUGCAGACACAAGAGAUUAAAGCAUCAUUUAGGAAAAUUGUACAAAGUAGAAUGCAGUUAAGAGUUUCUAGAAAGUAGUAAUGUGAAUGCAAGAUUUUAGAGAUAUUAGUAAAAGUAAUCCAAUUAAAAACAUUCUGUUUUAUUAAUACUGGAUGUUAUAUCAUUGGUGUUUGAGACUAGGAUGGAUAUAUGUCAGAACAAAGU